ACACCACUGUUGUACACGAUUAGCAACUCUUGACUUCCUUGUUAAAACAAGGCUUGCGUUUUUAACAAACAGUAUUUGAGUGAUAACACAUAUAGAAUCAGCUGAACUUCAAAGUUCUAAAUGGACUGGGGCCUGAUAAAUUACUGAUGAAAAUGAAGAACUUCCACAUGCUGUGGAUCUGGAUCUUUCUGUCAGCAGACAGUAUUUGAGGGAUAACAAAUACAGAAUUAGCUGAACUUCAAAGUGCUAAACUGACUGGAGACUCAAAAGAGGAUUGAUGAAGAUGAAGACCUUCCAUGUGCUUUGGAUCUGGAUCUUUCUGUCAGGAUUUGGGGAUUCAGCCACAGAUGGAACUGAUAUACAUGGAUAUUUUGGAAAAGGUGCUACAAUUAUAUGUUCCUACAGCUGGGCUUCAACCAAUAUAAAGUAUUUCUGCAGAGAUCCAUGUGGAGACAGUAAAGAUAUUUUAGUGAAAUCUGACCAGUCACCUACAGGAAGAUACACACUGAAGGACUCUGGAGAAGGAACCUUCACUGUGAACAUCACUGAUCUACAGGAGUCAGACUCUGGGAUUUACUGGUGUGGAGUGGACAGAUCUGUUAAAGACACAUAUCAGAAAGUCAUCCUGACGGUAUCUAAAGAUCCAAGCGAAAGCAUAACUACAUCCACACAACCGUACAAAGACAUACAAACAUCCACGGAUUCACACACAAUUACACCAGCAGCACAUUCAGAAUCGCCAUCUGUCACAGCAAGCAAAACCACCAGAUAUCCAAGCCCUGAUGACAUCACACUCUCACCCUCAAUAACAGCAUCUGUGAACACUACAGUAUAUAUACUAUAUGCUGUCGGUGGUCUUCUCAUAGCAGUAAUCAUAUUUGCAGUUGGACUGGUCACUGUUCAUCAGUACAGGAAAAAAAUCAAGACAUCAGAAAGCUUGACAGGCUUCACGCUGCCCAAUCAAAGCAAAGAUGACCAGGAUGACGGUGUAUAUGAGAAUAAUCCUCCUAAAACAAAAAGCACACAGAUGAAACCUAUCAACAUGACUAUGACCAGACAAGUGCAGAAGAGCCAAGAAUAUGCAGUCUACGAGAACUCACAUGAACUUUAUGGAAAUCUCUGAUCAUAGUGUUAAGCAAUGAAAUUCAGAGAACCAGUUUAAACCUGAUGGUUAUAAGAUCAAAAUCACAUGUCCAGUAAAGGCAUUCGAGAAGCUCAAAUUAAAAAAAAUAUGAAAAAAAAAAAAAAAGUUUU